ACAAGGCUUAAAUUAAUACAUAACUUUAACCAGAGGAACUUUGCAUAAAGCGAAAAGUUGAUGUUUUUCAAGGAAAUACUCUCAGUAUUUAUUAAGGCGCUCUAAAUGGAUCUUAAGGAGAAACUUUUGGCAGAAGAGAAAAAGUUAAAAGAACUAACUCUUGCUCGCGAGGAAAGACGUCGGAAAAGACAGCAGGCUCGGGAACACCAAGAAGAUACGAAUUCUCCUCUUAAUGAAGAAUUUAAGGAUGAAACUAGUACAAGUGGAAUUAACGUUGACUCGAAUGGGAGAAAGCAAAAAGAUGAGGAUUUAAUAACUGAAAAGAUUCAGGCCACUACAAAUGAACCAGAAGCAGAAUCAAGGAAAUGGAGUAACGACGAUAUUAAGGAAAAGGAAGCAGAGGUGCUAACAAUUUCCGAUAUAGACGAUUUAGAAAGGACAUUAAGAAAUCUUGAAGCAGUAUGCAACGACACAAAUCUUUCUUACGAAGAGCGCUCAGCCGUUAGAAGACGCAUUCGUAAACUUAAAAGUGAAGCCAUAACAUAUCAGGAUGUGUGCUCGGAGAAUAAAAAAGAUGCAAGCGGAAAAGAAAAUUAUAAGAAUAAAAAAGAAAUGUUUAAAACUUCAAUGGCCUCUAACGAGGGUGGCAAUUACCCUCGUCCAGGGUUUACUAGAAAAACUGUGGAAUCCAUAAAGGAUAAACAGGAAGAAGAGAGAGCCGCUGAGUUCGUUAAUAACCAGGAUGUCUGCAAAAAGAAUAAAAAGGAUGCGACCGAAGAUAAAUAUUUUGAGAAAAAGGCGUCCAAAACCUUAAUGGGCUCUCAUAAGGGUGGCAGUUACCCUCUUCAGGAGUCAUCUAGAAAAUCUGUGGAACCCAAACAAGAUAAACAGAAAGAAGAGAGAAUCGCUGAGUUCGUUGAAACUAAAAAGCAGGCGCCUGAAGUUAAGGCGAAUGACGCUUCAGAUAAUUUAUUGAAUAAAGGUUUGCCUCAAAACCAUGAAAUCCUUUUAAAAGAACUUGAAUCUGUUCGAGACGAUCCAAAAGCUACAUAUAAUGAGCGUUCAGAGGCUCGAAGAAAGAUUCGAGAACUUAAGAGGGAUGGUUAUUUAAUGCCCGAUAAAGGAGUGAAAGUCGAUCAAAAAAUACCUACAAAGGAAAUAGAAAAACAGUCAACCAAAAUGCAGUCGCAACUUAAAUUAAACGAGGAAGUUGGAAGUAGAAAAAGUAAUGAAAGUAUUAACGAAAAAUAUUCUGGAAGUAAGCCCAGUAAGCAAAGUAAAACAAACGCUGGCGCUGCUAUUACAAAAACACCGGAAAAAAAAGAGGGAAAGUCGAAAACUUUAGAAAGCCCCACUUUGCAAGUCUCCAAAAACGUUUUUAAACCGGCUGAAGGAAAUCUUUUGAAGGCCACCGUUGCCCUCUUAAAUAAAGCCUUUCAUAAAAAUAUUCAGUGUAGUGAGAGGGAUUUGCUUACCGCCAUCAAAGAUGGAGUUUUAUUGAAUCAGUUUUUAAAUUAUUGCGUUCCUGAUGCGAUUGACGAGCGCGUAAUUAAUAGGAAUGCUGGAAAUAACGCUGGCAUAUUUUAUUUUAUAGAUAUAAAUUAA